AUGAAAGGAAGGAACCUUUCAGUACAGCACUUGGUCUGCCCUGAAAGUCGAGAGCAUAUUCAGGUCCUCGUAGGCACGGAUCAAUACUGGGAUCUCCUAACAGGAAGAGUUUGGAGACUGGGAAGCAGUUUACGGGAAGUGGAAACAAGACUCGGAUGGACAGUUCAUGGAGUGUGCCCAGAAAGUGGAAUAAUCAAGCACUGUAAUCAAGCUCUGGUGUUACGGAUAGCAGUGGAUGAAUUAGAAACAGAUACGACAUUGAAGAAGUUUUUGCAGCUGGGAUCCAUUGGAGUGGCACCUGACGCCGACGAUGAAAGGGACAAUACAGUGCUACGUCAGUUCUCAGAAACUGUGAAACUGAAGGAAGGGCGUUACGAAGUAGCGCUCCCGUUCAAGUCUACAGUGGACUUGGGAAGUAACAAAGAAGUAGCUCUGAAGAGGCUUAAUCAGUUGACUAGAAGACUCACUCGUAAUCAGGAGCUAUUGAAGAGGUACGACGAAACUACACGAAUGGACAGUGAUGAGGGCAUGGCCGAGAGAGUAUACAGUGACGAGGAAGACGUCGUGUACUACAUGCCACAUCAGGCGGUUCUCAGAGACUCGAGCACCACAACAAAACUUCGGGUGGUAUUCGACUGUUCGUCAAGCUGCGUCACUGCCAAAUCGCUCAAUCAGUGUUUAGAAGCAGGACCGAAUCUAAAUCCGGAUGUUGUGGAAUUGUUAAUGAAUUUCCAGAUAAAGAAAAUCGCCCUGGUGGCCGACGUACAAAAAGCCUUUUUACAAAUAGAAGCGAUGGAAGAAGAGUACCCAGAGACGGCGAGCCGCCUAGGGAAACACAUGUACGUCGACGACCUGGUCAUCGGAGCCACUGAUGUGCAAGAGGCAAAGAAGAUCGCUAAAGAGGCAACAUAG